CCCCCCAUCAGAUAGGCCUGCCGAGCCGUAGCCAACGUCUUUCCCUUAUUCGUAGAUCUUGAGAUAUAAUUCUUUUCCUCUCCGUCUUUUACGGUUCUCGCGAUGAAGACCGUCUCGCCCUCCGGCUACGGCACCAUCCCCACCGCCGUCCCCCCUCCGCCUUCGGAGGCGCCGCCGGCGCCGUCCGCCGCCUCCCGCGCCACCGAUCUGAUCACCGGAUUCAAGGAGCAGGGCCAGGCCCUGAUCGCUGCGCGGCGGCCGUGGCAGGAGCUCCUCAACUCGGGGGCCUUCGCCCGCCCCUCCACCACCGGCGAAGCCUCUGCCCGUCUUCACCGCAACCUCGCUUAUUUCCGCGCCAAUUACACAAUCGUCGUCCUCGUUGCUGUCUUCCUCAGCCUCAUCUGGCACCCCUCCUCCCUGAUCGCUUUCGUCGCCCUCUCCGCCGCCUGGCUUUUCCUCUACUUCUCCCGCAACGGGCCCCUCGUCCUCUUCGGCCGAGCGAUCGACGACGGCGCCGUCCUCAUCGCCCUCUCCGUGGUCACCGUCGUCGCCCUCAUCGUCACCGACGUCGCGUCGAACGUCCUCGCGUCAAUCAUGGUCGGGGUCGCCAUCAUCGGGAUCCACGCGGUCUUGAGGACCACGGACGAUCUGUUCCUCGACGAGCACGCGGCCGCCAGUGGUGGAUUGCUCUCGGUGGCCGGAAGCCCGGUGCGGCAGGCCUCCGUCCGGGUGGUGUGAUGCGAUUGAUUGCUUUAGCUUGGGCUGGAAUUAGUGUUUUCUCGAUCCAUGUCUUGAAGGAUUGGAGGGGAAUAGGAUAGGAGUGGUUGUUUCUUCGAGAUUUCGGGUCAGUUAUCUGUUGAUGGUUUGGAUUAAAUGAUUUUGGUUGGUCUGCAUUCUUUCUGUUCGUGGAGUGCUGAUGGCUUAUUGAUGUGAUUUCUUGGCUUGAGGAGACCGACGUUUGUGCUUACUCCUCCAGAUUAUGAUUGCUGCUUUCCAUUGGAUGUUAAUUUUUUAUGAUUCUCUGUAAAUGCAUUGGUGGGAUUACUUGUAAUAAGUAACAGCUCUUAUGGUGGUAAGACCACACUAUGUAUGAGUUUCAAUUAUAAUUUUGUAUCAUGACUAUCAGCAUUUUUGUUUUGAAUAUCAUGUUGAAUUAGGUUACAUGAGAA